AUGCAACUGCAUUCAGGGGUUGUUGGUAGCCCUCGAGGUGGAGUUCCCCGUGGAGGCCCUCGAGGUGGAGUGCCCCGUGGCAGUGGCAGUGGAGUUCCCCGUGGGGGUGGAGGUGGAGUUCUCCGGGGGGGUGGAGGUGGAGCUCCCCGUGAAGGCCCCCAUGGAGGUGGUCGUGGUCGGGUUGUUCCUGGGGGUCGAGGUCCAGGUCCAACUGGUAAUCAUGGACCUGGCGAAGAUGAUAUUGGGGAAAGGGCCUUUUACCAUGUGAACAAUCCUGUGGGGCAAUAUCAACAGUACAUUGUUUCAGAUCAUUGGGCUCGGGUCAAAUACUUUUACAACUUUUAUGCAGAGGAGGUUACAUAUGAUGAUGAUGAACUUGUUCACUAUAUUUGCCGGUUAAGAAAUGAUCCCACUAAGGCUGUAGUUCAAUGUGAGGAUUGUGGAGUGUGGUUUCAUUGUGAGGAUUGUUUGGGUGUGCCUGCAGCUGUUGCAGCUCAGAAUGAGUUUGUUCUUGUCUGUGAAGGACGCUCAACAGUACCAGUAGUAUAA